AUGCUUGCCUCCUCCGUAAUCGUAGAAAAUAUUCCUUUAAUGCCAAUGACACCACAAAUUGUCAUUGAGAUACCAACGAAUACACCACAAGAAUCAAAUUACAACAGUCGAACAAAUUUAAAUUGUCAUCUGAUCAAUGGUUUAUUUAUGCAACCAAAUAAUAAUGAUAAUAGUAAUAAUAAUAAUAAUAAUCCUGGUUGGACAUCCGGGACAUCAAGUCCAGGAUCAUGUUAUCAAAAUUUCUUAACACCAUACUAUUGGUCAAUAAAACAUCAUCAAUAUUUGAAAUCAACACCAUGUGAAAAUGCUUCAAGUCAUGUCAAUCUGAAAGAGGAUUAUUUUUGUCAUAAAGACAAACGAAAUUUAUGCCUCAAUAAUCAUUAUCAAUCGACAUUUUCAGCUACAAGUCGUAGAACACCACCUCCACCGGGAAUGUUCACUUCAUCAUUGUCCUCAUCACCAUCCUCAUCAUCAUCUCCGCCACCUAUACAAUAUUCUAAUCAAAAUUGUAGUUCAUUUUGUUGUUCAGCGAUGAAUACCAAUAAUAAUCAAAUUACUACUAUGAAAAUUUAUUCAACAUCUACUAAUGACAAUAGGAUGAUUGAUUUUCAACGUUCCAGUUCAACGUCAUUAUGUUUAGAUAAUUUGACAGAUAAUUGUGCAUGUCAUCAACAUCAACAUCGUCCGGCACAGCAACAACAACAACAACUACAACAGCACUGUCCCUCGGAAAGAUCCUCACACAUUCAUCGAUCAUGUACAAUCAAGUCAGCCAGAACAAAUGUGCCAAAUCUAUCAUCCAAUCGAUCAUUAAGCCCAUAUUCCUGUUAUAAUUAUCCUGUACAAAAUAUGAAUUUAUCAAAACACUGUCUACCAUGUUUAUCCGUGGAAAAUCAAUACAGUGAUUCCGAUGUAUUUCAUCAUUCACCGAAUGGUAAUUCUUCCGACAGUAUGUUUUUGCCUAAAGGAGGUAUGUUGACAAAAUCGCAGAAAUCAACAAAACGUCGACGAGCUUCAUCACCAAUAUCUUGCCAAAGUUUAAUGAAUUACACAACAAAUUACCCAUGUCAUCGAUCAGUAUUGACGAAACGAUUAUCGACCACGAUGCUGCAACGUUCGCAUUCAUUGCCAGAAUUAUCAACAAUUCAAAAAUUUAAUCCCACUGUAAAAUCGUAUUCUCAUGCUAGAAAACGUAAAUCCGCCCAACAUCAUGAUUAUUGGCAUAAAUAUCAAUUGAAUAUGAAAUCGUGCAAUUUUUUCUAUCCGACCGCAUUACAAUCCAAUCAGAAUUUAUUCCUACAUCAUCCUCCUCCACCAAUGGAUUUACCAUGUCGUCAACAAAUCUAUCUACCAACUGCUUUACAUCAUCGACGACAUACUGAAGGUUGUCGACAUAAAAAACCAUCUAAUACAUCUUUAUCCUUAUUAUUAUUACAGACAAGUCGUCGGUCGAAUUCCGUAUGUUCACAAUAUCAUUCUAAUUCAAAUAUACAUCAUAAUGCCAGAAUGCAUGGUAAUUUUGUCAGUAGUAUGCGUAAUGUCAAUUAUGUUAAUAAUAUUAAUAGUAGUAGUAGUAGUAUGAAUCGGAAUAAUAAUGAAAAUCAAUCGAAUAGUAAUGAAUUAUAUAAAUCGAAUCAAUCAUUUCUUCAAGCAACUAAUCAACUAACGAAUGAAUAUCAUCAUCGUUCAACUACUACUGUUCAACCGUCUAGUACAACAGUUUUAAUCAAUUCUAAUUUAGAUAAUAAUCCUUUACAGAUUCAUAGUAAAGCAGAGCAUAAACAAUUUAGUGAAAUCAAUGAAGCAUACAGUAUACAUGGGAAUAGUUUGACAUUGAAUGAAAAAAUCGAUACUGUACCAGAAUUACAUGUGAAAACUAGUGAUUCAUUUACACGUUGUCUUUGUUCAUUAAUUGUAUUGUUAGUGUGUAUGCAAUUAUUUCUUGGUAUAACAUCGACUGCACUUGGACUAUUUUUAACAUGGAAAGUACCAGAAUUAGAUUUUAUGGAAUGUGCUUAUUUAUCUGGAAUACCACUAAUUAUCUCCGGUUUAGUUGGAACAUGUAUUUGUUUUCAACAUCGAAUCCCGUCGAUCUCACCACAAUUUAUGAAUAUUAUUCAAGUUUCAUCAAGUAUUUUAUCAUUAAGCUGUUUUAUUAUCUGUCUUAUGACAAGUAUUUAUACUGGACAAAAAGGCAGUCUAAUUGCAUCGUACGACAACACUUGUAGAAUAAUAUCAAUCGAACAACCAGACCAACAACAACAACAGCGCCACCAAGUCUCCUCAGUCAAUUCGAAAACACCUGACAAUCUUCUUCCUCAACAUCCAAAUCAUCAUCUCCUGACGAUAAUGAAUCAUUCCAAUGUCAUUAAUACUCAUCAUUUCAUUGAACCGUGUUGUUUUGAGAUUGUCAAAAAUACAUGUGAAUGUUUCACUAUUCAUGGUGAACGUUUAGCAUAUUAUCAUAACUUACCAUGUCGUUUAUUAUUCUCAUCAAUUAAAGAUUACAUUAUACUACAAUCAUCAUUAAUGGGUGUUGGUUCUGGUGUAUCAUUAUGGUCAUGGUUAUUAUUUAUUGAGAAUAAAUUUAAACAUUUAUUAUUACGGCAUAAUUAUGCACGAAUAAGUUUCUCAUCAACACGUAGUUCCAUGCCCGAGACACCAACUGGUCAAUGCAAUAACAACAACAACUUAACUAAUGAUAAUAAUGAAAGGACUAAUAGUUUACAAUCGAAUGAAACAAUCAUUAAUGAAUCAAUUAGUCAAGAUUAAUUAAUAAAAGAAGUUUGUCUUUUUUUCAAUAUUCAAUGUGUAAAUAGCAAUCAUAUUAUAUUGUACAUAAUAAAUGCAUUCAAGACAA